GGGGAGUAGAGUGGUAGGGGGAGGGGGAGAGAGGGGAAGAAUUUCCAUACUUGUGUUCAGUGACACAAGACAUUGACACCCUGCAAGAUAAAACUGCCACUUAGAGCCCAGGGGAGUUAAACCUUCCUGGGUUGGCCUGGGGGCUUGAGCAGAGUCAUGGGUUCUCUGGUCCUUAGGCUGAGCGCUGUCUUCUGCCUGGUGGUUCACUCUGUUUCUGGCAGGCCCAUCAUGGGCCUUGAGCAGUCGCCUCUAGAAGAAGACAUGCCGUUCUUCGAUGAUGUCUUCACAGAGCAAGAUGGUGUCGACUUCAACACGCUGCUGCAGAGCAUGAAGGAUGAGUUUCUCAAGACACUGAACCUGUCAGACAUUCCUCUGCAGAACUCAGCCAAGGUAGACCCGCCAGAGUACAUGCUGGAACUCUACAACAAAUUCUCUAUGGACAGGACCUCCAUGCCGUCUGCCAACAUCAUCCGGAGUUUCAAGAAUGAAGAUCUGUUUUCUCAUCCAGCUAGUUUUAACGGGCUCCGGAAAUACCCUCUCCUUUUCAAUGUGUCUAUCCCUCACCACGAAGAGGUCAUUAUGGCUGAACUUAGGUUGUACACGCUGGUUCAAAGAGAUCGCAUGAUGUAUGAUGGUGUGGACCGGAAAAUUACCAUUUCUGAAGUCCUAGAGAGCAAAGAGGCUGACAAGGGUGGAAGGAACACGCUGGUCUUAGCAUCAACUGAGAUCUACGGAAUCAACAGCGAGUGGGAGGCAUUUGAUGUCACGGAUGCCAUCAGACGUUGGCAAAAGUCAGGCUCAUCUACCCAUCGACUGGAGGUCCACAUCGAGAGCAGACAAGACCAAGUUGAAGAUGCUGGAAGGGGACAACUGGAAAUAGACACCAGUGCCCAGAAUAAGCACGACCCUUUGCUUGUUGUGUUUUCUGAUGACCAAAGUAGUGAGAAGGAGCGGAAGGAGGAACUGAAUGAAAUGAUCGUCCACGAACAGGACCUGGACCUGGGCAUGGGUGGUUUCUCCAGUGGACCUGGGGAAGAGGCUUUGCUGCAGAUGAGGUCCAACAUGAUCUAUGACUCCACUGCUCGAAUCAGGAGGAACGCCAAGGGAAACUACUGCAAGAGGACCCCGCUCUACAUCGACUUCAAGGAGAUUGGCUGGGACUCCUGGAUCAUUGCUCCACCCGGGUACGAAGCCUAUGAAUGCCGUGGUGUCUGUAACUACCCCCUGGCAGAGCACCUCACACCCACAAAGCACGCAAUUAUCCAGGCCUUACUCCACCUCAAGAAUUCCCAGAAAGCUUCCAAAGCCUGCUGUGUGCCCACAAAGCUGGAGCCCAUUUCCAUCCUCUAUUUAGAUAAAGGUGUUGUUACCUACAAGUUUAAAUAUGAAGGCAUGGCUGUGUCUGAAUGUGGCUGUAGAUAGAAGAAAGAUUCGUGGCUUAUUUAAUAACUGUAAAUGUGUAUAUUUUGUGUUCUAUUUAAUGAGACUAUUUAAUGAAGGUGUACAGAUAAUAGAGGCUUGCUACCUUAGGGAAAUAGGUCAGUGUGUUGUAGAAAAUGUGUAUUGUGUGUGCAAUCCAGUCCCUUUCAUUCUGUUUUUCUUUGGACUUUCAUUUCCUGGUGAUGCUGUCUCUAAGCACAAAAGGCAGGGCCAUACUACUUAUUCUCUUUGUCACUUUGGAAAGAGCCACCCCUAAACAAAAUACAUCAUCAACACACAGAUAUUGGUGCAUGUUCGUGUGUGUGUGUGUGUGUGUGUGUGUGUGUGUGUGUGUACACAAACUUAUGAACAUCUUUUUGCUCAAAGGAGGCAGGCUAUAUUCAUGCACAUGAGUGGCUUCCUCCAAUGUGUUUAUGUUAUAGGAUAUGGGAUUUAGGUUAAGAAAAUUUACAUCAAGAAUUUUACCAUCCUGGGAAGCAUAUUUCCCAUUCAUUCUGGGAGUGUCAGUGUAGCUUUUUCAGCUGUUUCUGCCAUGGUUCAGAGUAGCUGGCUUGAUGAGCAGGAUGGAGGCCUGAGGUGGGGCUGUUAGAUACAGGAAACAAACAGCCUUGACAGGCAGUGGUGCCAGUGAUUCUCUUAAAAGAAUGGGUCUUCUGGACGUGUGCUCCAGAGGGCAGUGCCUAGUCAAGAAAGAAUGACAGAGGGGACUUCAGUGCCCCCGUCCCUCAGUUAACAAGAGGCAAUGCCCCAUGCGCCAGCCUUUGCCUCUGCAGAGGGUCUUGGAGGUGG